AUGAGCGCUGUAAAUCUUGCAUCUGAUCCGGGGACGACCCUCCUGCGUUUCGCCUCCGGGAACGGACCGGUAACCCGCCGCAUCCUUCGGACUCCGCUCCGCGAUGCCCUUCCUGCAGAGAUCCCAGUCAUCGAUAUCUCGCUCGCAUUUAGCCCUGAACUUAAGGACCGCAAGACUGUAGCUCAGCAGAUUCGCAACGCUGCCACGACAUCCGGCUUCUUCUACCUGAUCAACCAUGGCAUCGCGUCUUCAGUCACUGAUUCAGCCCAUACGGCCUGCCUAGAGUACUUCCGCCAGGAUGAAGAGACAAAGAUGCGCUCAUGGGUUGGGAAAAGUCGCUACUUCAACGGCUACAAACCGCCUGGAUCUCAGCGAAUCAACAAGUCAGAGAGCGUCGAUGUCCGCGAGUCAUUUAGCUGGACGUACGACCCUCGCCACGACCCUGAUGUGGUCGACGUCAAUGCUAUUCCUGCGGAGGCGAGGAAGCUUUUGCGUAUUGAGGACUUCCACUGGGAUGGCACGGCCAAUCAGCCGCACUUCAAAGAAGCCAUCAUUCUAUAUUGGCAAUCCUGUUUGAAACUCGCUCGCGUCCUGGUUCGCUCCUUUGCGCUAUCGCUUGAUCUACCUGAGGAUCACUUUGAUGCCAAAUUCGCGUACCCUGAUGCUGCGCUGGCGCUGAACUACUACCCACCUCUCAGUUCCUCGGCCACCGUGGAUUCAGACUUCAACAAGACAGUUUCCAUAGGAUCGCACACAGACUUUCAGCUUUUUACCAUUCUAUGGCAAGACUCGGUUGGGGGCUUGCAGGUACUAAACCGCCAGGGGCAAUGGAUCAGGGCCGCACCUAUCCCUGGGACGUUUGUCGUCAACAUUGCCGACUACCUGCAGCGCAUCACAAAUGAUCUCUACGUCAGCACAGUACAUCGAGCCCAGAACUUGAGUGGAGAAGAGCGAAUCAGUAUGCCCUUCUUCUUUGGCUUCGGCCUGCAUGAAAGCUGCGGCGUGAUCGACACCUGCGUCAAGGAAGGGGAGAAGCCAAAGUACGAAGAGAUCGGCUGUGAAGCUUGGGUCCAACGAAGAGCUCGGGCGAUGCACCAGGUUGACUCUGAUGACGAAAACGACUGUGCGCAGUCUGCACAUCGACUCCGGCGGCGAAAGCCAUCACUCCUCCGAGAGCUUCUAUUCUUGGGAGUGGCAGCAACUAUCGCAUGUUCUAUUCUCAUCACUUUGUUCUAUGUCUUCGUAUUUGUUCUACAGCCUCAAGCUUUGAGUGACGCGGCUUCCCAAAACUUCAUCUCCAACAACCCGAUCACAACGAAUGGCCAGCCAGUUGAUGGUCUCUCAAGAUGGCUGGAGGACUUUUCUCGCUCAGUCAUCCCCAUCAUGUGUCAUUCUCACAAUGAUUACUGGAGGCCGUACCCUCUUUACUCGGCCCUCGCAGCAGGCUGUACCGGCGUGGAAGCGGACAUCUGGCUGAGCGACGAUGGUUCCGAGGUGCUUGUUGGCCAUGACAGACAUGAACUGUCCACCAAGAAAACUUUGCGGUCCAUGUACCUUGAUCCUUUAAUGAAGAUUCUCGAUACCAUGAAUCCUCCAGAGCAGUGGUCGAACUUCAGCCGAACAGAUCGGCCGCAGGGUGCUUUCCGAAGCCAACCGAACAUCACCAUAGUCUUGCUGCUGGAUGUCAAGAGUGAUCCGUAUAAGACGUGGCCAGUGGUAAUGCGACAGCUUGAAUCCCUGCGGGGAAAGCUCUUCCUGACACGCUACGAGGUAAUAAAUACCGAGCCAGGCUUCAGACUCAGGCAAGAUAUAUGGCCGGGUCCUGUGACCGUCGUGGGUACGGGCAACCUUAUGGAAGAUCGCAUGAUAAACCACUGGCCAACGAAUGAGCUCUAUCAUCAGUAUCACGACACCUUCCUCGACGCGCCGUUGGACCAACUUCCCGAGGAUAAUUGGCGCCAGUACAAUGAGUAUGGCUACUUUACCUCUCAGCUGUGGCAUGAGGAAGACACCUAUUACACAUCCGUAUCAUUUCAACAAAGUAUCGGAUCAGUCCGCACCGGCUUCAGUAAUGAGCAACUUGCAAAGCUACGGAAGCAGAUCAGUACUGCAAAGUGGUCAGGCCUCAAAUCUCGGUAUUGGGACCUGCCAAGCUGGCCAAUCUCUUACCGCGAUUACGUCUGGGAAGUGUUGACAAGAGAGGGAGUCGACAUGUUGAACGUCGAUGAUUUACAGAGCGCAGCGAGAAGAGGUUGGACAAAGGGCUACGUGCAAAGCGUGAUAUGGGUGGCCUUGACCUCGUCUGCAAUCUUUCUCACCGGUAUUACGAUGACAUGGUUUGGAUUCCGGGCUAUCAAAAAGCAUAUGAAGGGGCUUCAAUGA